AUGAAAGGUGUGACAAUAUUACUACUGCUUUUGGGGUUUUGUUGUUUGGUGAGAAGCCAGAAAGCUUCUAUUGAUGGGUUUGAGGCAUCCCAAUGCAAUGGCCAAGAGUAUCCAUCAAACAGCAACUUUGAAACAUCCUUAAUUAGUGUUCUUGCUAAGCUACAAAUCUUAACACCAGGAACACAGAAUUUCAACAGAUACGAGAAUUCUCCUAAUGGUGCCGUGUAUGGUCAUGCGGUUUGCAACUACCAAGCGAUGGCUACAGAUUGCAUUGCUUGCCUUCAUGCUGCCGCAGAUCGCUUGCUUGAGCUUUGUCCUAGACGAAUUGGAGGUCGGAUUUUGUUUGGGUUUGCAACUAUUUGUUAUACAAGCCAGAAAGCCUCUUCUGUUAAUGGGUUUGAGUCAUUCAUAUGCAAUGGCCAAGAGUAUCCAUCAAAUAGCAACUUCGAAACAUCCUUAAACUAUGUUCUUGCUAAGCUACAACUCUUGACACCGGGAACACAAAAUUUCAAUAGAUACGAGAAUUCUCCUGAUGGUGCCGUUUAUGGUCAUGCGGUUUGCCACUACCAAUCGACGCCUACAGAUUGCAUCACUUGCCUUCAUGGAGCCGCAGAUCGCUUGCUUGAGGCUUGUCCUAGACGAAUUGGAGGUCAGAUUUUUUUUGGGUUGGCAACUAUUUGUUAUACAAGGUAUGAAGCUUACCCGUUUACUGACCCGUCCGAAGUGAUAUCCUAA